AUGCCAGCCGCCCAACGCUCCAUUCUUUCCUUCUUUCAAUCCUCCACCUCUUCCGCCUCUUCCGCCUCUUCCGCCUCUUCCGCCCUGCCGUCAUCGACCUCGACACGCCCCAUCGCUGCAGCGUCUCUUCCCCCACCACCACCUCCACCACCGCAGGCCAAGUUUGUCCCUCCGCCGACCGGCAAUGGUCUGCUUCGUCCGCUGCCUCCGGCCGGCAUGACCGCGCGGUCGGGCGGCAGCGUCGACCCCAAGCUCGACUUGCCGCCCAUCACGGCCGAGCUCUUCACCGAGAUUCUGACAACGUCUGGCGCCACCGUUUCCGGCGACGAGCUCGUGUUUCCGCUCCCAACUUCGGUCUCCUCGUCGUCCGCUUCCGUCCGCAUCGUUGCGCCCCGCGACAGCCACAUCCCCGACCUCGUCAGCGUCAAUGCCAUCCUGCUGUCUGUCCGCUAUCCCGACACCUUCUACCGACCGGUGGCCGACUGCACGCGUGUGGCCUCGCUUUUCAACCGCGUCAUCCUUGACGGUGAAAAGGUCGUUGGCGGCAUCGUCUGCCGAUUGGAGCCGUGGCCAUUUGAUCUAGACGAAAACCAAGACCAGCCCAACCCCGACUCCCUCGUCAUCUACGUCCAGUCACUCGCCCUCCUCUCCCCUCAUCGCGGCCGAGGCCUCGCUGCUGCUGCCCUCGAUAGCCUCGCUGCCACCGCCACCGCCCUCAACGCUACCGGCCGGCUGCCGCCCGUUCGCGCCCUCUACGCCCACACCUGGACUGAGAGCGCUGACGUGCUGCGCUGGUACGAGGCUCGCGGCUUCGCCCGCCACGGCUCCGCUCCCAUCGAGAACUACUAUUUUGCCCUACGUCCCAGCACCGCUUGGAUCAUGCGCCGAGACCUGCCGCUGCCUGCUGACCUGUCGACAUCAGCAACAACUGCUCUUCCAAGACCAGCCCCUACCUCUUCUCUCUCCUUCCAGAACACCCGCCCGAACAUGGAGUGGAACGACUUGCCGGCCGACAUGAUGGCCGUCCCGUCUGCUUCUGCUUCGGCUGCCUCGUCGCGCACCGUCUCGCGCAAAACCUCCCGUCUGAACCUUCCCUCUUCCAGCGUGGGAGAAGACGACCAGCCCCCCGUCGGUCGCCCGACGUCCAGCUCACGCAGCAGCUCCGCCGCGCGGAAGAAGCGAGACCGCGCCUAUCCUGCCGCCAUGUUUGGCCAGUAG